CCCGUUUCUGUCGUGUGUGUUUCAGUUCUAGUCAUUGUACAAUUGUGGACUGUUUUAUGAGCUGUUUAUUUGAAACUGAUGAAGAAAAUGUUUGACGUGACUUUCUGUUUGUGCUUUUGGAGUCUGUUUGGUGUGUUUGGUGUUGAGACAGAUGUUUUAGAGUCAGUGUCAGUGAUGGAGGGAGAUUCUGUUACUCUAAAGAAUGAUGAUACUGAAAUACUGAGAGAUGAUGGGAUCAUGUGGACGUUUGGACCUAAACAAAUUCUCAUUGCUCACAUCAAAAGAGAAGACAAAAAUGUCAUUAAUGAUGCUGCUGAUGGGAGAUUCAGAGGCAGAAUACAGCUGGAUCAGACUGGAUCUCUCACCAUCACAAACACCAGAACUACAGACUCUGGACAAUAUAAUGCAACUACCAAAAGCAAAGAUACCCUACUGAAAAUAUUCACUAUUACUGUCUAUGCUCGUCUGCCCGUUCCUGUCAUCAUCAGAGACUCUUCUCAAUGUUCUUUAAGCUCUAUAUGUGUGUUGGUGUGUUCAGUGGUGAAUGUGACACAGGUGACUCUCUCCUGGUACAAAGGAAACAGUUUAUUCUCCUCCAUCAGUGUGUCUGAUCUCAACAGCAGUCUCUCUCUACCUCUGGAGGUGGAAUAUCAGGAGAACAACAUCUACAGCUGUGUGAUCAACAAUCCCAUCAGAAACCAGACUAAACAUCUCAACAUUACUGAAGUCUGUCAGCCGUGUUUAGAAGACUACACCUGUGGUUGUGGUUUCACUGAAGCUGUGAUCCGAUUGGUUGUCUCUGGUGUGGUGGGCGUGGCUGCUGUUGCUGUUCUGGUUUAUGAGGUCAGAUCUAAAAGUGUUGGGCAGGAGAUGAGAGAACAGACAACAUCACUCAAGUAAAUAACUGAUGAAUAAGAUAUUCAAUCAUCAGGACGCUAGGGGGAGAUGUUCUUGAACAUCUGGAUCCAUUCAGAGCAUGUCAGCAACUUCCUCUUUCCUCUCCAAACAUUCUUCAAACACUCUCCAAACACACCCCUCCAACUCCAGAGGAGUAAGAAUGACGAAAUGAGAGUGAUCAAGUUUUCUCAACGAUUUUUAGAUUCUACAACAAAUCUUUGGACGUGUCCACACUCUCAUUCAUCCUGUCUGUCAUAAAAGUAAAAAAAAAAAAAAAAAAAAAUGUCAAACCUGUAAAACUUUCUUUCUUUCAUGGAACACAAAAGGAGAUGUUAUUCUCAUUCACCAUUAGGAUAGCACAAUUAAUCAGAACAAUAAUCAAUAUUAUGAUUAUAGCUGCCAUGAUUCACUAAUUGUGAAAAGUGUCAAUUACAGCUUUCUAUUUAGGUGUACUCCUGUUACAUGCAUCAGAACUUUCUAUUAACAACAUGUUUUUUUGCAAUAGUUGAGCUUUGUAAUCAAUCAGAUGUGUCUGUUGAGCAAUUUAAAGGUGUGCUGAAACAUCACCUGCAAGAAAAAAGCUUUAGAACCAGAGCAAAUAGUACCAGCAGUAUUUGAAAUGAUGUUGGAUUCUGUCUCACUGCAUGUCCCAUUGCUGCUUGCAGUGUAGAGGAUGUAACAAAACUAACAGUGAUGCAGUACUUGAAUUAAACUAAAUCUACAGUAAGAGACCGCUUCAGUUAUUAUAUUGAGAAUGUUUUAAAAUUGUCGCACUGUUCUUUUCAUUCUGCUAAGAGGGUCAAUAUGACUUUGUUUUUUUAUUCACUGAUGUAUAAAACAGCAAUAAAUUAAUUCAGGAACACAGUUUUUAGCAUAAAAUAUUGCCCUAUAUAAAGAAUAAGGCAUGUAGAAGUAAAUGAUAUUAAUUGACAUUUAAUUAUCUCAAUUACAAUAUCAAGGGAAGUAAUCAAACAUGAUUUUGUGGAUGUGCAGCUAAUCAUCAUCAGUACUUUCAUUGUGUGUUUUUGCAAUAUAAUG